CAUCUAAUCUAUUAAUUUAGAAUUCUAUAGUGAUCACAAUUAAGCCUCUUAAGAGUUUAGAUUAUUUUAUGCGCUCUUUUCUUGGAGCUCAAAUUUCUUAUAGACACAUUUUUAUGUUUCUGCUAAUAAAGAGUUAAAGGCUUUUAAAAUACCGUAUAAAAAAGGCCUAAUGAUGGUCUGGAAAUGCUUCUUAACGAUAUUCUUGAGUUCAAGACUUUUAAAAGACCGUCUAAACUGGAGACACUAAUCUGUGUUGCUAAUUUUAUUCUAAAAUGGAUUUGAUUGAUUCUGAGUAUUAAGAAGUUUUUAACGUUGCUAAUUGCAUGCAUAUGAAGUUUUCAUGACAAAUAACAUUCCAAACCUUUUGAUCUGUUGUCAUGUGUGGAAAAAAUGCAUUAUGUUGCGAUGGUGGACCAAAAAAAACCCUCCAAUUUUCAUAUGUUUAUGUCUUAAACUCUUAAGUAAAUGGGUCCGAAACUGAUUCGGGUACGACCAGACGUAUCCAUUUAAGGAAAGUAAAAAAGGAAACUGGGUCAGUCCAAAUAAGGAAGGUAACGAAACCCUUGGCGCACACGCAUAUAUCUCAAAACAAAGACAAAACCCUUAAUAACCGAGUCUCCUCCUCCGUCUUCUUAGCUUCCUCGCUUUAGUAUCCCUCAGACUUUCCUCUCUUUUCGAACAAGUGUGCAGCAACUAUGGCGGGCUUUGCAUCACCGAAUGUGACAGCACAGUUCCACUCGAAGACCAAAAUCGAAGAGAAAGUGGACUACUCAAACCUCCCUUGCCCUAAACCCUACGAAGAUAUCCACCUCGAAGCUACCAUCUCUCUAAAGCCAGAACUCUUUGAGGGUUUUCGCCUCAACUACACCAAGAGGAUGAACCACAAGUUUUCUCUUAUUCAUAGCUUACUGAUGGGAAACAGUGAAUUUCCAGCUGAACGAUCUCAGCAUAUUUUCAAGACUCCAACUUCCAGUUAUGAAUUUGGUGCAAAUCUCAUUGACCCAAAGUUGAUGCUUGACGGAAGGCUCAUGAUGGAUGGUACAGUUAUUGCAAGAUUCAAUAGCGUUUUAAAGGAGAACUUCACCAUCAAGACUACUGCUCAGCUGACAAAUGAGCUAGAUCAGUCACAAGGCGUGUUCACCGUUGAUUACAAGGGGUCCGACUAUAGAACUCAGUUUCAGCUUGGAAACUACAAGAAUCAGUUUAAGCCUGGAACCAGCUCCCUGUUCAGAGCUAACUAUAUUCAGCAUGUCACACCCAAGCUAUCUUUAGGUGGCGAGGUUUUAUAUCUUAGUGAGCAUAGGAAGUCGGUUGUUGGUUAUGUGGCUAGAUACGAGACUGAUAAAAUGGUUGCCUCUGGGCAAGUUGCUUCCUCUGGUGUGGCUAUCAUGAACUAUGUUCAUAAAGUUACAGACAAGAUCUCUUUAGCAGCAGAAUUCUUUUACAGUUUUAUGUUAAGAGAUGGUGCAGCUAGUGUUGGGUAUGACCUGAUGUUCAGACAGAGUCGAGUAAGAGGAAAGAUCGAUUCUAAUGGUGUUGUUUUUGCUCACGUGGAAGAACAAUUGUGUCCUGGACUUGGUUUGCUUCUAUGCGCUGAGGUAAAGAAAAUAACUCUAAGCAUGCGGUUUCAUGGUCAUGAAUGUUAUAAUGAUUGGUUUAUUAAAAGGACCAUUUUCUUGAAUAAUCAGGUUGAUCAUGUGAAGACGGAUUACAAGUUUGGUUUGGGUGUAAAAUACGAAGGCCUCUAGAUUUUAUUUUCUUUAGGCGUUGUUUAUCCUCAAAGAGUUAUCAGCUUAAGAAAGUGACUGUGAGGCACUCCCUCUCUCUCUCUCUCACAAACUCUUUGUUUAAGGUUUUAAGUGUUUUUGUGUAUUGCUUCCAAAAGAAUAUAAUGUGUACGUUUUUUAAUCCCAGUACGUUUUUUAAUCUAAUGUGUGUUAACUUUUGAUUAUUUCUUUUCUGUGUUCUUGCAAUAUAAAUCUUAUACCGACACUAGAAACAGUCUUUAAAAAGAAUUAACAAAAUAAUUUAUAUCUAAGUACUGAACUCACAUUUCUAAACCAUGAAUUGUGUGUUUAAAAAAAAAAAACCAGGAAUUGUGAUAACUACACCAUUUGUUUUACUUUACAUUUACAUGUUAAACAAACAUAAACUAAGAAUUUUGUUUGUUUAUAAUAUCCUUAAAAUUUGGAGAAUAGUAGAAUUAAUGCACAAAUCAUUUUAAAUUCAAAAAUAGAAAAAUAAAUAAUAGCAUCACUUCAGUAAAAAUAAUAAUAAAGAAUAAACUAGUUUGUAUGUUUUGGAGAUCAUUUGAGAUUGAGCAGAAUCAAUGACUAGUUUAAGAUAACUUUUAAUUACAGGUACUAGGUAAAUUUUAAAUUAGUUGAAAAUAUUUCAUGAAAUUGGAAAAAACAUUUUUAAAAAUAAAAGGUUGAACUAAUUAUGUUAUGAAAAAUAAAAAUUUGAACUACUUACUUAUUAAAAAAAAUCAAAGUUAAGUUGUGGAUCCGACAGAAGAAUUUUAGUCUCUUAUAUCAUUGCAUUGUUUGUUUGCUCAGGAACAUAAUAUAAUAUGGAUUGAGAUUAAGGUUUUGAAUGAGUGGCAGAACAAAAACAUGAGAAAUCGAAAAAAUAGUAACAUGCAGAUUGCUCUGUAAUUAAUACCCAAUCAAAAAAAAAUGCAGAACAUAGAAUAAAAAAAAAAAAAUAAAGACCAAUGCGUGCAUAAGAAAUUAUAUGAUAAAAAUGUUGCCCUGCAUAACCAGAGAAAAAGAGGUUGGUGGGGGACACUGGGCCAAUGAAUGUCCAUCUUUGCUUUGUUUUUUUUUUUAAUUUUUCCUUUGUCUAUAAAUACUACAUAAGAUUUUAUUUUCUUCUCUCACAAAUCAUACAUUCAUUUUUUUUUGUAGUAAGUUCUCUUUUUCGUUUUAUAAAAAUUUUUAUGAUGAACUUUUAUAUUGUGUUUAACUGAUUUUUCAUAUUUUUCAGGUGGGCUCAGACACUUAUAUCCACUAAAACAAUAUAAAAAAUCAAACUGAUAGUGGUUUGGAGUGGAAAAAUAUAUGAGAUCGAUUACAAGAAGAUAUGUUGUUUGUCUUCAGCUAUUACGAAUGUCUUUUGGCGCUUUUCGUAUAUUGUGUGAGAUAUUGCAAAAGGAAAAAUAGCUUACAACCAACAUUAAAUAUAAUAAUUGAAGAGAGUGUGAUUAUGUUUCUAACAAUCCUACUAUAUAAAAGGAGCUAAAUCCUAGCUUCCUAAGCCUUGCCACAUGAACAAAAAUAAUCAGAACCAACCAUUAUGCCAUGUCAUUCCGGACUGGACUUUAAAAAAAAAAACCAACCAUUAAAAUAUGCGAAGAGUCACGGUUUAACCUGGUUCAACUCCAGUUACAUCAUAAUAAAACAAUGCAUGCAUUGAUUGUUGAUUAUUAGUCUUCUAGCUACCACAUCUUUGCCAUCCUAAAUCAAAAUCGAUUUUUACAACUUUAACUUGCCCCAUACUUAAUAUUCUUAUAGCUGGUGAACAAUUUAAUUUAGGAAAUCAUUAUAUUUCAUGUCAAAAAUGCAUACUGUAUUCAUUGAAAAUUAAAUAACAUAUAUUCUAUCAUUAGGAUCAAGAACUCUAAUCUGAAGACUAUAUAUUCAUCCCCUCUCACUCUGAAAAAACCACCACCGCCAACCGUUCAAGAUUUUGUGUAAGUCAAUAUUUGAAAGUCACAAUUUUGUCAAUUUUUUGGCAUAAGUGAUAUGUUUAAGAGUUGGAUAGUUAAGUCCGUAUGCGGUUGGGGACGUGGGGUUUGGCUCACCUUCCACUGUUUAUUUUCAGUUGUUUUAAUAAUAGAUUCAUAUUGAUAAUCUGUGCGAACAAACGUAUAAGAUUUUAGUUGGUUAAGAUUAAACAUAGACCGACAAUCUUCCGUCUUUAGCUAUUGGUCUCCGCCAAAAAAUUUUGAUUUAAUAUAAUAGUUCCUGCCUGCUAAGCUACUACAAUUGUAGUUCACGUCUAUCGGUCAUAUAAAAUAUUUAGUUUUUUUUUGGCUUUAUAAGAUUUUAGUUUGUAAUUAAUCUCAUGGUUCGAUUUUAUCCAUUGAGACCUUUUUCACUAUGCUUUAUUAUCAAACCAUUUCACUUUGCCUAACAUUUAAAUAUUCUUUCCUUUGUUUAAGGAUUGAUUGUUCCUCAAUACCAUGGUCAAACCAACCGCCAAAGAUCUUCCGCUUAUGGGAGGUAUUUUGAAUUUACAAGUGCAUUUUUGAAUCAAAAACAUUAUUAGUAUUGAUAUAUUAAUUUAAUACUUUAAUCCAAAUCUUUAAUAAAACAAAUAUAAAAUACAAAUUAUGUUUUAUAUAUAUAUAUAUAUAUUUUUUUUAUAUUUUUGACUAUUUACAUCUUAUUAAAUUUGAAGUGCACAAAAAAAAAGAAAAGUUACAUCUUAUCUGAUAAGAUUCCAAAUAUAUAAAUACAAUGCUACGUUUUGAUUUUUGUUUAUUGCUACGAAACGUUUUAAAAACUUGGGAAAAGGUAAAAAUACAGACGACAUGACCGACCACUCCUUUUCUCCUGGUUUGCAAGAAUCUAAUUGAGUUGCUUAAUAUUUGUUCCAAAUUAAUAUAUAGUCUCAUCAGAAUCAUAAAUUAAUAAUCUAUCUCUAUAUAAUUUUAUAUAAGUACUAAAUAAAGAUAUUUUUGUUCAUUUUAUAGUUACAAAACUCUAAUAAAACAAAUAUAAACAUUAUUAGUAAAAUAUGUUUUUUAUUUAAAAAUACAAAUUAUGAAAAAACCACAAUUAGUUCUUAAUAAAAAAAUCAUGCUCCCAACUGUAUCAACAGAUUCGUCAUUCACCCCUAGAAGACACAUAUAGGAAUAAUUAAAUACUUUGGCAAAAAAAAAAACAUUUUUGUGAUGAAGAUUCUUAGAUGAUGAUCGUUUUCUAUACAAACAUGCGGCACCUCUACACCAUUGUUUUAAUCCCAGGAAAACACGUAGAAAUCCAUUAACACAAAUAUUAACAUACUUUAGUUAAAUAU